UUGAAAGAAAAAUAAUCUAUCAAUAGCCAAUUUAAAUUGUCAAUAUUUCUAAUUUCAGGGAAAAAUGUUAUAAGAUCAAUGAAUGAUAAUGUGGUUGUUAUCACUUAUGUUUCAAUUCAAUUAUUAUUGUACAGUGGACAAGUAUUGGAAGAAUAUGUAAAAACAACGAAGUAAAUUACAAAACAAACGUUUGUGAAUUGUGAUAUUAGUAAUGGAUCUGCCUUAUGAGGUAAGGUUUUAGUAUACAUUUUCAAAUAUUUACCAAAAUCAGACAGAAAAUCAGCAAGUGAAACAUGUCAGUCCUGGUACUUAGCAGCUAAUGAUUACUGUUUCCAUAAACAUAAAGUAGUUACUUUAUAUAAAGUAGAUUUAAAUGAUGAUGUAUCACCCCUACAAGUGUAUGAAAACUCUUCUAUGUGCUAUGACAACUAUUUGUUUAGUGAAGUAGAAAUAUCCAGCAAAAUAAAUAAUUUCUGGGACAGAAAUGGUGAAAAUAUAAGAUCAUUAACCUUACAAAACUGUGAUAUAAGAGAAAAGGUCUUUGUUCAUAUGUUACAAAAAUGUACUAAUUUAGAAGUACUGAAUAUUCAUAACUGUAAAGAGCUUUUCAUGUCUGGUUGUCUGUUAGAGGGAAAGACAGAUGGACUACUCUCAACCACACUAAAUAAAUUGAAAUGUUUGAGUUUAUCAGGGAAUCAAUAUCUAACUGAUGCAUUGUUUAGUAGAUUUGUAAAUUCUGCACCUGACUUAGAAGAACUUAAUUUAUCUGGUUGUUCAUUACAAUUCCAUUUAGGUUUGGUUAAACGCUUCUAUCCCCAAGGGACAAACAUAUUUGAAAAUCCAUCUGAAAGUGUUCUCACCUUCUAUUUUAUUCUACAGUUAUUGGUUACUAGAGCAAAUAAAAUUAAACGUUUGCUUUUCUCUAACACUUUGAUUGACGGCACUGCACUAAAAUCACUGUCUGAAAUUGAACAUUUAAAGUUGCAAUACCUCCAAGUAUAUUCUUGUGAUCAGCUUACAAAUAGCGGAAUUUUGUCUUUAACAAAACUUCAAACAACUUUAAGUGAACUGGAUAUAGGUCUGUGCACAAGAGUAACUGAUCAAUCUUUGGUGUACAUAUGUAAUAACCUUAUUAAUUUAGAGUCAUUGAACAUUCAAAGAUGUAGAGCAGUGACUGAUCUGGGAAUUGCUGAACUGAAUAAGCUUAGCAAGUUAAAGGUGCUUAAUAUUUCACAGUGUGAACUUAUAACUAAAGAUGGUAUUGAAAAGGGAUUAUGUACAGAGCAAAACAACAUUUUGGAAGAACUAGAUGUGAACUCCCUUAAUUUGGAUCAGACUGGACUCAUCAUGAUAUCUGAAAGAUUACCAAAUCUGCGACUUUUAGAUAUAAGUUACUGUUUCAAUGCCGUCACUGACUCAUCGAUACAAGUUGUAUUUAAAAACCUAGUACUUUUACAUACAUUAAAAUUAAGUCAUUGUGAUAAAGUAUCUGAUGCAGGUUUAACAGGAAUGGGUAAAAUUGAAGAAGUAAAUGAACAUGAUGGACCCAUCAUGUCUAACUAUGAUGAUUCUAUUGCUAACAAUAAGAUAUAUUUAGGAUCUAGAGCAGAGGAAGAGAUUGUCAGGGAUGCGAAGAGGAAGCAUGAUGUCAUGAAAAUGUGUGAAAAGUUGACCAUGGAUUCAUAUACUGGAUAUUCUUUGGCACGAAUUAAAGGUCUAAGAGAAUUGGAUAUUAGUGGAUGUAACAGGAUCACAGAUGUCAGUUUGACAUAUGCCUUUUCAUUUAAAGAGCUAGAUAAAUUAAAUCUUAGCAGGUGUCAGCAAAUAACACAUGAAGGUAUAAAGCAUCUAGUCAAAAACUGUCCAAGCAUAGAACAUUUAAAUUUAAUUGAUUGCUAUAAUUUGAAGGAUGAGGCUGUUAUUGAAAUUGUGAAAGGAUUGCAUAGAUUACAGCAACUAGAAUUGCGGGGUUGCAACCAACUGACAGAUAAAACGCUAGAGGGAGUGAAAUCUUUCUGCAAAAAGCUUAAGUUUCUUGAUGUUCAAGGUUGUAGAAAUAUAUCACCAGAGCUUGCAUGUACUAUUGGCGUGCUUCCAACUUUACACACAGUGCUCAUAUCAAAGCCCGGACCAUAUAUCAACGAUGGAGUUAAAGAAAGAUCACCCAAACCAACAUUUCUACCAGCGCUAAUGCGAAAACUACGAUUACAUUAAUUUCUUAUAAUGGCGAAAGUACAAAAAAAAUACUAAUUCUUAAAUGGCUUGUCAAAUUAAAUGUUCCAAAAUAAAAUACAAUAUUUAGAAUAUUCACAUUUAUGAUCUGUUUCAUUGUAUGUAAAUAAAUUGAGCUGCAGUAUAACAGUUAUGUAAUUAAGAAAAUACAGGAUGAUCUUCACAGUGCAAAAUUUUCUGGAUAAAGGCUGGGCCCCUAUACAGUCUUUAUUUGAUAUAAAUAGGCAGGAUACAUCUUAAAUGAAAACCUCUAUGCUUUUAUUUAUAUAGAUUAAUUUGAAAAUUUAUUAUAUAAACAGCUGACCCAGCAAAGGUUGUAUUGCCAAUAUUAAAAUCGCGAUACAGAAGUAACUGUUGAUCGUAGAUGGGUGAAAAUUUGAAGUUGUAUGUAUUUUUUAUUGCUGACUCAUAAUCACACAAAUUUAAAAAAAAAUUUUGGAGUGGACCACCCUUAACAUUUAGGGGGGUGAAAAAUAGAUGUUGUCCGAUUCUCAGACCUACCCAAUAUGCACUCAAAAUUUCAUGAGAAUGAAUCAAGCCGUUUCGAAGGAGUUUAACUACAAACACUGCGACAUGAGAAUUUUAUAUAUUAGAUAAUAAACAUUUUGGAUUUCUGUGAUCAAAAUAGUCAUAAACAAAGAGAAAGUGUCUUCUAGCUUUUGUCUGUAUUAAUAAUUGAUUACAUUUAUUCUAUAAAAUAUUAUAAGUUUCUAUUUGACCGUUGUAAUUAAACAUUGUAUUAUAUGUGUUUUAAAUUAAGAUUAUACCUAAUUUACUUUGUUAUCAAUAUUAUUAUGUAGCUGUGAUAUUUAGUUAUAUUAAGAAUACAAACUGUUCUAUUUAUAUAUUGUUAUGUUCUAAAGAACUACACUACCAAUAAUAUAUAUUAUAAUAAAAUUUGAAGCCUUGUA